UACAGGAGAGUUCCGGUGGAAGACGAAACAGAUGUACACAACAAAAUAACUAAAGUUGGUGAUUUUCCGAUGAUUAAACAUUUGAAAUUACAAGAAACAAAGCUAGAAACUCCCAAAGAACGUAACUUUAUGCUUGUUAGCAUAAGACAAGAAACAUGAAUAAUUAUGAACAGUUUGGAAGUCAAGAUGAAUCAAAAUCGCCUCCAGAACUUGCUGUUACAUCUGAGACUGCUGGGGGUCAGGAUAAUUCGGGAGAUGUACAAAUAAGAAUGGAUAACAAUGCAUCAAAUGAUGGAACUCUUCAAAUUUACAAAUCAGAUGCCAAAGAAGAUGUUGAAUAUGUGGAGGAUCCAGGAGCAAAAGAGAUUCCAAGAACAGGGAUUGAAGGAUUGCAGUGGAUUGUAAAAAGCAUCCUGGAACACAUAGUAUUUAGACUCGUAACUGUAGUGCUGAUUAUCAUGGACUUCAUUUUUGUCAUUGUGGAACUUGCAGACGAUGACUGUUCAAAAAACCGACAGACUUUGGAACUUCUGUCACAUGUGUUGAUCAGCUAUUUCAUGCUGGAGGUUUUCUUUCGAAUUUUCUAUCAAGGGAAAUUGUUGCUGACAGAAUGCCGUGUGUUAGAGUUGGUGGACAUAGGUGUGGUCACCAUCUCUUUUAUUGUGGAUGUCACAUUUUUAGUUAUUGCAGAAGGAACUUCUUGUGCUAAUAAUUAUGCUAAGUUGUUGAUUAUUGGUCGUGUAGUAAGGAUAUUACGAAUUGCCAGGAUAAUAUUUUUAAUGGUUCAGCAAAAGAGGCACAUAGCCACAGCUUCCAGGAGAAUUGUUUCACAAAACAAGCGGCGAUACCAGAGAGAUGGAUUUGAUUUGGAUCUGUGCUAUAUUACUGAGCGAGUGAUUGCUAUGUCCUUCCCAUCAAAGGGAAUGAUGGCCAUGUAUCGCAACAGUGUCCAUGAAGUGGCAAGAUUCUUUAAUACCAAACACAAGGGUCACUACAGGAUUUACAAUCUAUGUAGCGAGAGAGAUUAUGAUGAAACCCUCUUUAAUAAUUGUGUGGAGAGAGUUUAUAUAGAUGAUCACAAUGUCCCAAGGCUAAGGGAGAUGGUAGCUUUUUGUGCCAAUGUAGAGGAAUGGAUGGAGCAAGAUAAACGGAAUGUUAUUGCUAUACAUUGUAAAGGGGGCAAAGGACGUACAGGCACAAUGAUCUGUACAUGGCUGGUACACUGUGGAAUAUUUGAUGAAGCUCAGGAGAGUUUAGACUACUUUGGAGACAGAAGAACUGAUCUUUCUGUGGGUAAAACAUUUCAGGGCGUGGAAACACCAAGUCAGAGCAGAUAUGUAGGAUAUUUUGAGAAAGUAAAAAAAGAAUUGGGAGGACAAGUACCACCAGAGAAAAAGAAACGAAUUACAUCAGUCAAAAUAGAAGGAUUAGAAGGUGUGGGAAAUGGAGAUGGGAGUGACCUCUCCAUGGAGAUCAGAGUGGAUGGAUUACUGAUCUAUGAAUGCAGAUUUGGAGACAACAUGAACUGCCAGGUGACAAAAUACACAGAUACACACAGUGUGGUGGCUAAUUUAGAGAACAGUCCUGUUAUUGUGGAUGAUGUGAAAAUAAGAUUUUUCUCCACAAGUAAAAACAUUCCCCAGGUUUAUGAUCAUUGUGCCUUCUUCUUCUGGUUUCACACGUACUUCAUUGAGGACAAUAGGUAAGUACAGUGUUAAACAUGACAGACAUCAAUGCAGCAGUGGUCUCUGUGGAAAUUUUUUUACUCAAUAUGGCAUUGUUUUAAAACU